AUGAAUGGCACAGGCAUCACCGGCGCGGGAUCGCAGAGGAAGUCGACGGGCAACGAGAUGAGCGAGAAGCUGCUGCAGGGUUGGGCGAUGCUCGCCAUGCACUGCCCCGUCUGCUUCAACCCCAUCCUCCGUAGCAGGGCGGGAGAGAAGCGGUGCGUCGUUUGCGAUCUGCCCGUCAUAGAGGAAGCCGACGCGCCGCCCCAGAUGACGUCAGCAGCGCCACAAGAGCCAGCUCAGCAGCAGCAGGGUGGAAGGUCCGAAGACGGUGCGGCAGGGUGGGAGAAGGAAGCAGAGGAGAGAGGCAGAGAUCCGAGGGAAGGAGGGAUGGAGAGGGUGGUCGAGGACGGGCUUGUAUCGGGGACGCCAUUAGAGAGGAUGACCGGAGCUCAGCAAAGACAAGAUUUGCCGCCCAUCGGCCCAGUACUUGCAGCAACGCCUAGCACGGCAGCAGCAGCAGCUGCCACUGCCAAUGCCACUCCCUCGGCGGCUCCCUCAACUGCUCCCUCGGCUGCUGGAGGAACGGCAAAUGGCCCUAUCGCUCCCCUCCUGCCAUCCCCAAGUGCUCUCCCCGCCUCUCUGCCUGUCCCCGGCAUGUUGCCCCUUCUACCUGGUGUACCGUCCUCCUUACCAGACACGUCCAUGAGCGCGCUGAAUGCAGCGGCUAAUGAUGCCCUUAUUGGUGCUCUGCGGGCCGCUGUCACCCAACUGCAGCCAUGUCAUGUGGCUCUGCUUCCUUCCGGAGACCUGCGAGCGCAUCACAGACCCUUCUCCUCUUUCUCCUUCUCCCUCUUUUCAACCCUUUUCACCCCUUUUCACUCCUUGCCAACCAACAAGAAACUCCGAUUGCUCCCCUCCAAUCACAUCCGACCGCUGCUUCCCGUCCCCGCCUCACCCUACUCUCUAUCCCUACAUUAA